UGUUCUUUUCCAAAAAAAUAAAAUUAACCGGCCCGAGUUGUAUUAAAGCAGCAACUCAGUAGCUGUGGCAACGGCAGAGCAUAUGCCGGAAAAGCAAAACAAAGCAGUUCCCCUUUUUAGUUUUUUUUCACUCAGUAAUCGUUGCUAAAAUUCAGUAGAUUUCGGAUUAGAGAAUCAAGGAAGAUUGAUUUUCGCGCCAAUUGACCAUGGCCUUCGACAAGAUCAAAGUCGAUAACCCCAUCGUAGAGAUGGACGGUGAUGAAAUGACUCGAGUGAUCUGGAAAUAUAUCAAAGAAAAGCUUAUUCUUCCAUUUCUGGAGCUAGAUAUAAAGUAUUUUGACCUCGGUCUUCCUCACCGUGAUGCUACCGACGAUAAGGUUACAAUCGAAAGUGCGGAAGCUACCCUUAAGUACAAUGUGGCAAUUAAAUGUGCAACCAUUACUCCAGACGAGGCACGUGUUAAAGAGUUCAACUUGAAACAAAUGUGGAAGAGUCCAAACGGAACCAUUCGAAACAUCUUAAAUGGGACAGUAUUUAGAGAACCAAUCAUGUGCAAGAACAUUCCUCGCCUUGUUCCAGGUUGGACCAAACCAAUAUGCAUCGGGAGACAUGCUUUUGGCGAUCAAUAUCGAGCUACUGAUUUAGUCGUUCAAGGAGCUGGAAAACUUAAAAUGGUGUUUGUGCCAACUAGAGGUGACGAGACAAUAGAGCUGGAAGUGUUCAACUUUACUGGUGCAGGUGGUGUAGCUCUGUCGAUGUAUAACACUGACGAGUCAAUUCGUGCUUUUGCCGAGGCUUCAAUGAACACGGCUUACCUGAAACAGUGGCCACUUUACCUUAGCACCAAAAAUACCAUUCUAAAGAAAUAUGAUGGAAGAUUUAAGGAAAUUUUCCAAGAAGUUUACGAAAGAGAAUGGAGGUCCAAAUUCGAGGCUGCUGGAAUCUGGUACGAGCAUCGUCUAAUAGAUGAUAUGGUAGCUUAUGCUCUAAAGAGCGAAGGAGGCUAUGUCUGGGCAUGCAAGAAUUACGAUGGAGAUGUUCAAAGUGAUUUUUUAGCCCAAGGAUUUGGAUCUCUUGGUCUGAUGACAUCAGUGCUGGUUUGCCCAGAUGGAAAAACAAUUGAGGCAGAGGCAGCACAUGGCACAGUUACACGUCAUUAUCGUGUUCACCAAAAAGGAGGUGAAACGAGCACUAAUAGCAUAGCCUCCAUUUUCGCCUGGUCACGAGGGCUUGCACACAGGGCAAAGUUGGAUGAGAACGCUCGACUAUUGGAUUUUACGGAGAAAUUAGAAACUUCCUGUAUUGCGAGUGUUGAGUCGGGAAAAAUGACCAAGGAUCUUGCUAUUCUUCUUCAUGGACCAAAGGUGAAUAGAGAUCAGUACUUGAAUACUGAGGAGUUCAUUGAUGAGGUUGCUGAGGAAUUGCGAGGUAGACUGUUGAAAAGGGCAAAACUGUAAUUUCACCUAAGCUCUGUUGAGAAGGGCAAAACUGUACUUUCACUCAAGAACUUGAUGCCAUUACAUAAUUUCCAAACAGGUUAUAUACAUUGAUGCUAUAAAGCAGGAAAUGUAAUUUAAUUCGUCAAAAGCGUGUUUUGUAGCAGUGAAUGCUACUACUGUAGUAAAUGAAUGCCCUCUUUGAGGUCUUAUUUGGAAAAUAUUACUUAAAUACCCUUAGUAAUUA